AUGCCCCGCGCGCCAAAAACACCGCGGAAUCAGAGAGACGCGGGAUCGAGCUCGACGCGCACGAGGAGACGGCCCCAUUUUGAAUUCGGAUACAGCGAAGACAGGCAGAUUCUAUUGGCGUAUCUGUCGCUGGUGAGCGAGAGACCGGAUAUGAGAGAAGUCUAUCGAAUCCUGGCGAAUGAAGCAUAUUCACUGGGUCAAUUGAAGUAUACCACACCCCCUUCCCUUCAAUUGCCCCCGUUUUGUGCAUCCAAGUCCAUUGCUAAUGCGUUUCAAUUGCCUGCAAACAGAAAACAAGUCAGUUUCCUUCAUGAAAUGUCUCGUGAAUUGCGGAACGAUAGAAUGCAACGGAAAGAACACUCUCGGUUGGCGGCGGAGGCUGGAGAUGAAUCUGAUUCCGAUUCAGGCACCGUCAUCGAGGCGCCGACCCCCAGCCAGUCCAGUGAAACGUCGGUCUCCAUGACGCCUGAAACCCCGGCUUACUCGCGCCAUCACCAGGUCCGGGAUGCCACGCCCGUGGGCCAGCGCCAUGAGGCCCGUUCCACUGGCCGGCGAGGACGAGCUCGUGACAGCGGACCGGAGCCCCGGCGAGGGGUUUCCACACACAACUUGAGAAGGCAGACGGUGCGUGACAACUACCGUUCCGCUCGCGAUGUCGAUGACCGGCCACGCGGUAAUCGGGAAGACGCCCUGCCUCCGAGGCAGCCUUUGCGCGGACGUCGUGAGAGCGCACGAAGCUCCCGGGACCAGGGACGGAACAGAUCCUCUCCUACUCCCGGCCCGGCCUUCCAUAUCCCGGUGAUGCAGCUUCGUCCGAUGUCCAGCCGCUAA